GGGGAGGACAGCAGCAAGCGCAAUGACUACUCUACUAGACCAAGCAACACCAAAUCUUCGGGAGGCUGUUCCCCGGCUUCUUGUAGUAGCUCUUUCGACGCCUGCAGAUUCAGAAUUGAGUGACUCUGCAUCAGUUGAGGACGAUGGACUAUCUGACUACUCCAAACGACAGGUUGUGGUGCUCAUGAUUGUUUUGUUGGUGAGCUAUGGAUCAAUGUCGUUGCUGUCUGCGGCGCUGAUCGCCUACAUGCGUCAUAACCGCCACGUCGCGCUCAAGGGUGACUCUGAAGCUUCGCGGAAAACGUUGCUACCUGCAUUUGAGCCGCUGCUGUGGAUUUUGUGUGCUGCGACGGGUACUUACGCCCUGUACUUCAUGAUCGCGCUAAUCGCAAGAUUCUACGCUCCGAGUUAUGGUAACGUUGCAACUGAGGCACAAAGCGCUGGACGCCACUUUGUGAUGGAGCUGGCGCUAGUUUUCAUGCUACAGAAGAGCGUCUCGAUGCCAGCGUUAAUGCGAUCGCUUACCAUCACGAUCGUUCUCGCGUGUUACGCGUUGCCAUUCGUCUGGUUCACUACAAUUAACGGCCAAAACGAGAACUCGACCUCAAACUUUUGGAUUGUGGCCAUAGCUCGCUUCCUUAUCUUCCCACUGUACGUUUACGUGAUUGUUCGUCCACCAGCGCGCGCCAGUAAGCGUACUCUGCGCGAGUACUGUGUCUUUGGCAUUGUUUAUCAAAUUCUCGAGUUCGCUUACCACACCGCGUUCAACAGCAAGAACUUGCACCUAGGCUACGUGUUGAUUUACAUUCACGUUUUGUGGGGAUCUCUUUGCCCAUUAUUCGUGUGGCGUUUGCUAAAGGCUGACACGGAGCACUGGCGAGGCCUCGGCCAGCGAGCAGUUGGCCUCCAAGCACUUUUCCGCAAGGGAAACAUUCACGAGCGAGUGUCAUCGCAAGGCCUUCAUGUGCUGAUUGAGAUGCACCGGAAGUAUAUUAUCGACUUCUCCGUUCUCCACAUCAAGCAGCGUAUCGGUGUCGGCUCCACUGCUGUGGUUUAUAAUGGAUUCUUGCACCCGAAGACUCCGGUUGCGAUCAAAGUGUACACGCCCAGCAGCGUGACUGAAGACACUGUUGCCGAGUUCUCCCACGAAGCUGCUCUUUGCGGUGCACUCAACCACCCGAAUAUUGUCAAGUUCUACGGAAUGUGUGUUUCACCUCCGACGAUCUGUUUGGUGUCUGAACUUUGCGUGGGGAGUCUCGAUGUGGUUGCGCAGGCGAUGGCACGUCGACAGCAACAACCUCGACGUCAACAGUUUCUACUGAACUUGGGCUAUAUGUUGGAUGCUGCUCGAGCGGUGGCGUAUCUCCAUAGCUUCUCUCCGGCUUUCGUGCAUCGCGAUAUCAAGCCAAGCAACUUUCUUGUUGAUGUCGAAGGCAAUGUCAAGCUCACAGACUUCGGCGAGUCCCGCAGUCUACCCAAAGCCAAUAUCUCGUGGGAGGUGAGUAACCUAAACGACACCAAGAGCACGGCUGUUGUUACUUCAUCGGCAUCAGCGGCAGGCGCUACUGCUGCUACGAGCAGUGGGUCGAAUGAUGUAGAGCAUUAUCAAGAGUACCCGGAGUCUACUUCGAAUGCAGAUUCCAGCGUACAUGGUGGCAGGGGGAUCCCAUUGACACCCCCUGGCACCCCUGAAGAAAGAUCGAGGACGAUACCAAUACUACCCCCUCCAGCGCGCAAGGCAGCUCCAGAAAUGACUGUCAAAGGAACCGUCGAUUAUAUGGCUCCAGAGAUCAUCAAUGGACGAGCAGGAGUAGCUUCAUACGGUGAGUCUGCUGAUGUCUACUCACUGGCGAUCACGAUGUGGGAUAUCCUCAAUCCGGGCGCUGAAAAGUACCCUGGCACGAACAACAACCACCUGCGUGUCCUCGAAUCCGUAAUGGCCGGUGCCAGGCCUGAGCUCGACAGCCAACUGCAUGCUGGUCUGGCAGAGCUCAUUACGAGCUCUUGGCACGUGGAAGCUCGUCUGCGUCCAUCAGCUCAGAAGAUCGUAGUUGCUCUUGAACGGAUUCAAGAAGAGGUUUGCUCGGUCUUUGCACUCGAGAUGUGCGAGGAAAUGGAGAGUGAUUCGAUCAUGAUGAAGAGUGGCGGCAAUGGGGCCAACGCCAAGAGCUUCACCGGUGAGCAAGCGGCGAGGAAAAUGCAAGAUAUUGAAGCGGUUGCAACAGUGGGUGAAGCCACCCGACUUGGCAGUAUGUUCAUGAACGCCGGCUUCAUGCACCACAUCAAGCACUCGCAACCUUUUAAAAGCAGCAGCGACGACAUGUUCUACUUCGACGAAGACAACAUUAACAUCUGCCAGCCAUUCGUCGUUCUCGACGGCCACACAAGUAGAGGCGGCACUGGAGGCAGCGCAGCACGUCGUCCGGGCUCAACACUAGGAGCUCCGCUGCCAUCGCAGCUUGUGCAGUCUCCCGGGUGGUUCAAGAGUCUACAACGUCAGCAUCAACCAUCGGACCCAACACCUCCACUGCUGACAACUGCAGCUUUAAGUACGGGCAAAGACUCCAAGAGCUCCGAAUGGGACGCUAACACCACGUCAGACUCGCCCCUGAAUGACAGUGACGUCGCGUUUGUAGAGGCUGCUAGCAACGGAACCACAGAGACGGAGGAAUGUGCCUGCCGGAAGCUAGGAGAGCGGCCCAACACCCGCAAACCAGCUCGCCACCGCUUCCGUCGCAAGUACCGCGCAAUCCCGGAAGACAACAUCCUGACUGCCAAUUUGUUGCAGGAGGAGGAUCUCACGUCAACGCAGGACCGACACCUCCUGGACGAGUUCGACGCAGGGCCGGCAACCAUCCUGCUUGGUACCCAAUAAGUGAGUAGGUUUUGUAUUGUUUGUGGCGGGAAACUAGUAGUAUUUCCCGCCAAUACAUGUGAUUGGUUGAAUAUAUGUACAAGAAAUCUUUUAUUGGCU